AUGACCUUCUCAACCACCGCAGCUCCCAGCUCUGCGCCGGCGCAACUGGGAGGCACUUCUCCAUCAUAUAAUAAAGACCCUGUUCCACAAUCGCGUGAAAUGGGGGAUGUUAUCCCCAACCAGACACAGGCCCCUAGUCAGGAAAAGCCUGAUGCGAAGCCAUUUGCACACUUCGUUGCUGGCGGACUAGGUGGCAUGACUGCCGCAACGCUCACUUCGCCGCUAGAUGUCCUGAAAACACGCCUGCAGUCCGACUUCUACCAAGCACAGCUCCAGGCUCUACGCGCCGCGAAGCCUGCGCCGGUGCCCACGUCCAAUACUUUAGUUAAUCUCACCCGGACGGCCGGUAUGCACUUCAGCGAAACCUUCCAAAUCCUCCGCUCAAUACACGUACACGAAGGAUGGCGCGCGCUGUUCAAGGGUCUGGGACCGAACUUGAUUGGCGUGGUUCCCGCACGCGCUAUCAAUUUCUAUGUCUACGGAAACGGGAAGCGGAUACUGAGCGAUUACUUCAAUUACCAGAAUGCCCAGCAGACUCCCAUGGGGAUUCACCUGGCCGCUGCGGCAAUCGCCGGCAUCGCCACAGGUACGGCGACGAACCCGAUUUGGCUGGUCAAGACACGUUUGCAACUGGAUAAAUCCAAUGCGGAGCAUGGCAAGAGUCGUCAGUAUCGCAACAGCUUCGACUGCAUCAAGCAGACUGUGCGCCAUGAAGGCAUCCGCGGUCUCUACCGCGGCCUUUCCGCUUCUUAUCUGGGUGUGACCGAGUCAUCUCUUCAAUGGGUGAUGUACGAGCAGAUGAAAAUGUAUCUCGCCCGCCGUGAUUCUCUUAAGCAAAAUGACCCAGGCUACGAGUACACCUCGUGGGAUUCAGCGGAGCUCUGGGGUGGUCGUAUCACUGCGGCUGGUCUGGCCAAGCUGGUUGCUGCUGCUAUCACCUACCCGCAUGAGGUUGUCCGAACACGUCUACGCCAGGCCCCGACUGUCUCGUUGGGCAAUGGCAAGGUUGAGAUGAAAUACACUGGCUUAGUGCAGUGCUUCAAGACUGUCUGGAAGGAAGAGGGAAUGGUCGCCAUGUAUGGUGGCCUGACACCUCACUUACUACGUGUCGUUCCCUCCGCUGCGAUUAUGUUCGGAAUGUACGAAUUCAUUUUGAGAAUGUUCGGCACGACAUCAUAA